AUGUUGAGUUUAGUUGAUUAUGCUGGGAGCGAUGACGAAGACAUUGAUGAAUUGCCAGAUGGGGACCGUAUAUAUGCGGAAGUAGUUUCAAAUCCUGUGAAACGUCUAAUACCCCCAAACAGAGGCGAAAGAACGAUAGAUGGCUUCCAGAGGCAAGAAGAUGAUGCUGUGGUUGAGGAAUGUGAUGGUAUUACAAAUGCCGUUUUAUUUCGUAUUAUUGGCUACCAGUUUAACUUGUUGUUUAUAUCUUCGGAAGAAGGAUCGUCAAUAUUGACAAAUUUACCACCCUCGAUACCUUUGGCGAAUAAGCGUGUACAACAGGAAGAAGAGUUAGACGAUUUGGUAAAACGAAAAGACUGGGAACUGAAUAAGGAUCUCGCAGAUAAUAGAAGCGAUGGAAAGAAAAUGGUCGUUAUACAAGCUUUUAGUGGAUUAAAAGGCUUAGUUGCUGAUGGAAAUCAAGGCGAGUCUGAUAAGCAGUUGGGUCAUUCGAUGGUAGCUUCUGCAUCAGCUAGUCUCCUUACAGUCUUACCAGAACCUAAAAAUGCUACGGGGAUUUCGAAAAACUCAAAUCUUUUUAUGUGCAACAGUACACAUUCUACAGAAAAUGUUGAAAUGCCUAAAGUUCUUACUGCUAGAGAAAUUUCGAUGGAAACAAAAUUUGCUGGAGAAAAAUAUGAUGCAUCUGAUGAAGAUGAUUCAACAGAUUUCUUUGGUCUCAAAGCAAUUGAUGAUCCUCCUAUGGUAUCGGAUAUUAUAUCUGUUUCAGACGCUUCGCGUGACAUAAAACUUGAACAGAUCGAACUAACAGAUGAUGUGAAAGUUGAAAAUAAUAUAUCUGCUUUCGUUUCUCAUCCAGAAGUUACCGCUGUGUGUUGUGAUACAUCUGCCUCCACUACCUUAUCCGGUGCUAUUGAUGACAGUCAAGCUUUAUGCAUGAUUUAUUCACGUGAUGUUGCACAUUUGGGUGGCUCAGUUUCGAACGCUGCUGAAGCCGUAGAAAAUAUGGUCGAUGUUAGUGUUGAUAAGGUUUUGGGUCCAAAUGUUCGUGCGACGCUUCUCAAAAACCUUCAUAACAAAUCGCUUGCUGAAGCAACUUUAUCGCAUCUUGCUAACGUACCGAAAAGCAAAGAAACUGUUAGCAUGGUGGCACGAAGAAAACAUCAGAUUACGUAUCUUGCCAGUGUUGCAGUAGCCAGAGAAGAACAGCUUGCGGAGCAGUGGUCUGUGAAUCGGCAUAACAAACGAACGUCGGCAAGAAAAUAUGGUUUCUAA